GUCUCUUUUUCCCUCUGGUUCUCUCGUCUUCUUGUUUUUGCUCUGGGAUGCGAUAAUGGGGGUGAAAAAUCUCUGGGAUAUCUUGGAAUCUUGCAAGAAAACCCUACCACUCCACCAUCUCCAGAACAAGAGACUUUGCGUCGAUCUUUCUUGCUGGUUGAUCCAGUUCCAGAACGCCAACAAGUCGCCGGCUUGCAUAAGGGACAAGCUCUACUUGAGGAGUUUGUUCCACCGGCUUCGAGCACUCAUCGCUUUGAAUUGCAGCCUCAUCUUUGUCACUGAUGGAGCGAUUCCUUCGAUUAAGUUGUCGACAUAUAGAAGAAGGUUGGGCGCCGGUGCUGAGUCUACCCGUGAGGAGGCUAACCCUCUGACCGUGGCGUCACUCCGGCGGAAUGCGAGCUCCGAGUUCUCUUGUAUGAUAAAAGAAGCCAAAGUUCUUGGGCUUGCACUUGGAAUCCCUUGCUUGGAUGGGCUUGAGGAAGCUGAGGCCCAGUGUGCUUUGCUGAAUGCUGAGUCACUCUGUGAUGGAUGCUUCUCUUCAGAUUCAGAUAUCUUUCUUUUUGGAGCUCGAACAGUGUACAGAGACGUUGUCUUGGGUGAUGGUGGGCAUGUAAGUUGCUAUGAGAUGGUUGAUAUAGAAAGCAAACUUGGCUUGGGUAGGAAUUCAUUGAUCACACUUGCACUACUUCUUGGUGGUGAUUAUUCUCAAAGAGUUCAUGGCUUUGGUCCAGAGAAAGCCCUCCAGGUUGUUAAGUCCAUGGGGGAUGACAAUGUCCUCCAACAAAUCAUAUCUGAGGGAUUAAUGGGUCUUAAGAAAAGGACAGGGACAAAGAAAAUGGAUAAACAUAUCAACCGUGAUAAAAAUAAAGAGAAUGACCAGUCCCAAAUGAGAAAUAUUAAUAUGAAUUCAAAGAAUCAAGGCUUAGAUGAUCAGUUUUGUCAAGUUAUUAAAGCAUAUCUGAAACCAAAAUGUCAUUCAGCUGACUCAGAGGCUGUGCUCAGAGUUUGCAGUGAGUGGCCAUUUCAGCUAACCCAAAUUCAACAUAUAUGUGAGCAGUAUUUUGGUUGGAACCCUGAGAAGACGGAUGAAUACAUCCUUUCCAAGAUUGCUGAGAGAGAUCUUAGGAGAUUUGCUAACCUACGGCUUGUUUCAUCUGAGCUAGGAGCAAGAAUUCCAUUUGAUAAGCUGCCAGUUAUCUGCCCUGUUUCUACCAUUGUUAAGCAAAGAAAACUACAUGGUAAUGUAUGUUUUGAGGUUUCGUGGCAAAAUAUGGGUGGAAUUCAGAUGUCUAUCGUCCCUGCAGAUCUUUUGGAGAGUGCCUGCCCAGAAAUGAUAUCUGAGUUCAUGGCAAGGAAGGAUGAAGAAAAGAAAUGUCGAAACAGAAGAUUAAAUACAAGGAAAUCAAGUAAAGCAUCUAUUAAUGAAGUUGAAGCCCGGCUCCAAAGCCUAAUGCUCAGCAUUGAUUCAGAGAGCAACUCAGUCCCCAGUUCAAGCUCAAAUUUCCAUCAUUCAGCUACAAAUACCACAACACCCGAUAUCAUCGAUCUAUCCAGUCCUUCACCGCCUCAUCGCCCAUCUAAAGUUGCCGAACCUGUGGAUGUCAUUGAAAUUUAUGAUUCAGAAGCUGAGAUGUCAACUGAACAUCAGCGGAAGGCGAGAAAUCUGAAGUUGUUUUUAGACAAUAUCAGGAAUGAACUUCAUUAGUUGUAUUUUUUUUGCAUGAUUCCUGAGCUGUUAAUCAAGGUUGCAUUUGUUCAAGUUUUGUAGGAGGAUGUCAGUUUUUUAAUUAAUCAAAUAUAUUGUACUCCUUCCUUUCUCUUACAAACCAUUUCUUUGUUUUGGUGGCCUGUUUGGUCCUCUCAGCAAAUUUAGUGGUUUAAUGUUUUGGUGAA